ACGCCUAGGUCUUGGUACCGGGUCCUCCAAGCGCCCUGGCUGAGCGCAGGUUUCGGUGUGCGGGAGACGGCUCCUGUCGCGCUUUCCUCUGCGUCCGCUGCUGGAACCAUGCCUUCUGCCGCGUUGAAGUCCCCGCGCCUGCGCCGCGUGUUCGUGGUCGGCGUUGGCAUGACCAAGUUCAUAAAGCCUGGAAGUGGGAAUUUAAUAGAUUAUCCUGAUAUGGCAAAGGAAGCAGGCCUGAAGGCAUUGGCAGAUGCCCAGAUUCCUUAUUCCGCUGUGGAGCAGGCAUGCGUUGGUUACGUGUACGGUGACUCCACCUGCGGGCAGAGGGCUGUCUAUCACGGUUUGGGACUGACUGGCAUUCCUAUAGUUAAUGUCAACAAUAACUGCGCUACUGGUUCUACGGCUUUGUUUAUGGCCCGGCAACUAAUUCAAGGAGGUGUGGCAGAAUGUGUGUUGGCUCUUGGGUUUGAGAAGAUGGAGAAGGGAUCACUUGGAAUGAAAUUUGGAGAUCGGUCUAAUCCACUUGACAAACAUCUUAAUGUCUUGAUCAAUAAGUAUGGAUUGUCUGCCCACCCAAUUGCUCCACAGAUGUUUGGGGGAGCUGGGAAGGAGCAUAUGGAAAAAUAUGGAACAAAAGUUGAACAGUUUGCAAAAAUUGGAUGGAAAAAUCAUAAACACUCAGUUAAUAACCCGUAUUCCCAGUUCCAGAGCGAAUACAGCUUAGAUGAAGUAAUGAAAUCUAGGACGAUUUUCGAUUUUCUGACUGUCUUGCAAUGCUGUCCCACCUCUGAUGGCGCUGCAGCAGCAAUUUUGUCUAGUGAAGAUUUCGUACUGAAGUACGGCCUGCAAGACAAAGCUGUGGAAAUUGUGGCACAGGAGAUGAUGACUGAUUUGCCAAGCACAUUUGAAGAAAAAAGCGUUAUUAAAAUGGUUGGUUUCGAUAUGACUAAAGAGGCCGCCAGGAAGUGCUAUGAGAAGUCCGGCCUGAGACCCACCGACGUUGAUGUGAUAGAGCUUCAUGACUGCUUUUCUGUCAAUGAGCUCCUGACUUACGAGGCCCUGGGGCUCUGUCCAGAAGGGCAAGGCGGAACACUGGUUGACAGAGGAGAUAACACCUACGGAGGAAAGUGGGUCAUAAACCCUAGUGGAGGACUCAUUUCCAAGGGACACCCCCUGGGAGCAACAGGUCUGGCUCAGUGCGCGGAGCUCUGCUGGCAGCUGAGAGGCGAAGCCGGAAAGAGGCAGGUUCCUGGGGCAAAGGUGGCUCUGCAGCACAAUUUAGGCCUCGGAGGAGCUGUGGUGGUUACACUCUACAGGAUGGGUUUUCCUGGAGCUGUCAGCUCCCGAGCACACCAGAUCGAGGCUGCGCCCACCAGCUCUGCGAUUGAUGGGUUCAAGGCGAAUCUCGUCUUUAAGGAGAUCGAGAAGAAGCUCGAAGAGGAAGGGGAGCAGUUCGUGAAGAAAAUCGGUGGUAUUUUUGCCUUCAAAGUCAAGGAUGGCCCAGGUGGCAAAGAAGCCACUUGGGUGGUGGACGUGAAGAACGGCAGAGGGUCGGUGCUUCCCAACUCAGAUAAGAAGGCUGACUGCACAAUCACCAUGGCCGACUCAGACUUGCUGGCUAUGAUGACUGGUAAAAUGAAUCCUCAGUCGGCCUUCUUUCAAGGUAAAUUGAAAAUCGCUGGUAACAAGGGCCUGGCGAUGAAGCUGCAGAACCUUCAGCUUCAGCCCGGCAAAGCUAAGCUGUGAGGAGCUCCUCCGGCAACCUCGGCUCAUCAGAGGAGAUGUAGACACGUAGA